AUGGGUAUAAUGAAAAAUAAAAGUACAGUUGUAUUUGGACAAUCUCGUGAUGUUGUGGUCGCCCAAAUUGUGAAUCUGAUUAAUAAUGUAAAUGGAGAAUAUAAAGAUCUCGAAUGGGACAUUGAAAAAAGCCCGAACAAUACACUUUAUAAUAAUGGUCAACUCCUUACAAAGUCUGGUCAUAGGAAAACCUUUGAUAAUAAUGGAUAUAAAUAUUCUGAUAAUUAUGUUGAACGUGUUUCUAAAACUAUAACAAAUCCAAAUAAUGAUAAUGUUAAUCAAGUAAUUCGAGGCGAUGGUUGGUUUCUCCCAAUUCUUUCUGCUGCUGCUAGUAUUCCUGGACUUAUAGAAUCUAUAGCAGUUGCACGAAAGGAAGAUUUCUGUAUUUAUGGGUUCGUAUUCUUCAAGAAAGAUAAAUGGAUUGGUAUUGUAAUCGAUGAUUAUUUGUUUUAUAAGAAACAAGAACGCACACUUUUAUUCAGUGCGUGUAAUGAUCCAAAAAUUACAUGGGUUCCACUCCUCGAAAAAGCCUAUGCUAAAUGUCAUAAAAAUUAUGAAACUAUCGAUCGGGGAUGCAUACGUGAUGUACUCGUAGGUUUUGGUGGCAAAGAUUAUAAAGCAUAUAAAACAGACAAUAUCAAAAAUAACCCUAUCAAAAAAGAUAAAUUGUGGAAUUCAUUUCCUUCUGACACGAAAAAAAAUAAUAGUAUAUUUAUUUGUCAUGGUGUAAAAGUUGGAUAUGGUUUAAUCCAACAUCACAUCUAUAGUAUUAUUCGUGCUGUUAACUUUCAUAAUCAUUAUUUGGUUGAAGUUCGUAACUCAUUGGACCAUGGGAAAUGGAAAGGUUUAUGGUCAGAUGAAAGAUAUAAUCAAGAAUGGUCACCAUGGGUAAUACAAAAAGGCAACAAACGUUACAUAGCAGAAUUAAAUUAUUUUCUCAGCGAUCAUGAUUCUUUCUUUAUGCAUUAUGAUGACCUUUUGAACCAAUUUGAUAUAAUCGAGCGUUGUUAUUAUACACCACCUACAACAUAUAUUGGUUUAGAUUUAACCAAUAAGCUUGUAUCAUCUUGGUGGAAUGGCGAAUAUAAUAUAUUUUAUACAAAUAUAGGACAGAAUCAGCCGGACUUGUCAAUCAUAAAAUUAAAAUUUUCAGCUCAACUCCCUGGUGAUUUAAAUUUCUUGAUUACUUCACACGGGAAAGAUGGUACCGCUUACCCAAAAGAUGGUAUAGGUACUUACACUAUUGAUGAAGGUCAAUUUAAUUCAUUAACAAAGGUUAUUACUUUUACCAAAUGUUACGUCAAUUGUAACCAUAAUGUGACAUGGAACUAUCAAGGUCUAUAUAAACAUAAGUUGUUUUUUGGAACAUGGGGUACCGAAAAUCAACCUCUUGGAAAUUUUAUUAUUAGACGAGCUGAUAAAGUUAAAAGUUCGUCACUUACCGGAAAUUGGUGUGGAUGUUAUUUUUAUAACUUAAAUGAUAAUGAUAUUGAUCACUAUUUAAUGAACUUGGAUUUCUCCGGGAACCUUAUUUCUGGUUCUGGCACUGAUAGCGUUGGUAAUUUUAAAAUAAAUGGAGAAAUAUUACCUAAUGGUUCAGUUGGUUUAAUUAAAAAAUAUACUACUCAUUCAUGGAAUUAUUAUGGACGAAUAUAUGGAAGUGAAAUAUAUGGAAGAUGGGGCAUGAUUGGAACACCUAAUAGCGGAACUUUCUUGAUGUGGAAAUACGAGUAA